UGGGAGGAGGAGAGGCUAGGCGCAUUGUGGACCUGGUCUUGGAGCGCCGCCGUGUCGCGCUCACGGGAUUCCCUGGCGCUACUGCUCAUGCUGGCGCUGGCUCUGCGCUCUCGAUCGAUCGAGCUCACCGGCGGCGCUGCAUCAUCAGCGCCUCGGGAAUCUCCAGGUGAGGGUUACUGCUGCUCGAGCGCUACUAGGUCACGAGCAUUGGUGAUCUCGGAGGACAGGGUAGGAAUCGCGGGGUAGCGAUGAGAAUAGGAGCGUAAUAUCGCGGCCGCUGUCCAAGAAGAGCUUGGAAUGGGCGAGCCAAUGUUAACCGAGAAGCUCGAGGGAGGUGAGAAUGCUCCGGAGGAUGGAUGUAGCAGCAGUAGCAGUAGCGAUGACAAGGUCCAGAAGAGAUUUUGGCGGUCGGCUUCAUGGUCGUCCUCGCAUUCCGCGCCCCCGAGUCCCGGAAGGCCAGUUCUUCCCAUGGACAAGCCUGGCACAUCGUAUCAGCUUCCUCUCACGCCUCGGCAACAGGGUAGCCGGAGAGGGCCAACGCUACCACCGCUGCUAACCUCUGGGAGAGUUGGGAACGACGAGGCCAGGGACUGGGCUCCUCUUACUCCACGCAGGGAUAUAAACCGGAUGAAGAACGGGCUGGAGAUCAAGCUCGACCUCGCUGCCGUGCAGCGCUGCCGGGAUUCGUCCGAGCCAACGGAGAUGCAAAUGAAGAGGGACAAGUUUGCGUUCUUCGAGAAAGAGUGCUCGAGGGUGGCCGAGCACAUCUACUUGGGGAGUGAUGCUGUGGCCAGGAACCGGGAGACUUUGCUAGCCAACAAGAUCACUCACGUACUCAACUGCGUGGGAUUCAUCUGCAAGGAGUACUUCCGGGACGACUUCAAGUACCACACUCUGUGGCUGCAAGACAGUCCCUCGGAAGACAUCACCAGCAUCCUCUACGACGUUUUUGACUACUUUGAGGAGGUCCGGGAGCUGGGUGGCCGGGUGUUUGUCCACUGCUGCCAAGGUGUGUCUCGAUCCACAGCGCUGGUGAUCGCGUACUUGAUGUGGAGAGAGGGACGGAGCUUUGAGGAUGCGUUCCAGGACGUGAAAGCUGCCAGGGGGAUCACCAAUCCGAACAUGGGAUUUGCGUGCCAGCUCCUCCAAGCACAGAAACGAGUCCAUGCCUCUCCCGCGAGCCCGAACUCGAUCCUUCGCAUGUACCGGAUGGCGCCACACUCGCCUUACGAUGCACUGCACCUGGUUCCCAAGACCAUCAACAAUCCAAGCCCGACGGCGCUCGACUCAAGGGGGGCGUUUGUGGUUCACGUACCCAGUGCCAUCUUCGUGUGGAUCGGAAGGAAGUGCGAGAAGGAGAUGGAGAUCCUUGCCAAAGCGGCUGCUGGACAGGUUGUGCGAUAUGAGAGGGCGCAAGCUCCGAUCAUGUCCAUAUUCGAGGGUGAGGAACCUGAGGACUUCUGGGAGGCUUUCAGCAAAGGCUCGAGCAACUUGGAAGGGGGAUACGAUCGACUCAAGGGCGACUUGAAGCGGGUGGAAGCGUACGACCUGGACUUUGAGCUCUACCACAGAGCGUUGCAAGGAGUGGUUCCACCGUCUGGUGCCGUGGUAACUCACAUACCGGCAAGGGUCAGUGGCUGGAGCAGGCUGAGGAAGAAGUUCUUCUCGGGAUCCGUCAAGGAAAAGGUGGCGGCUAUCAAGGAGUCGGGGUGUACAAGGAGCGGCUCUCCGCAUUCUCCACUCUCGGAAACCUCUACACCAUCAUCGUCGCCCCCAGCCUCGGGCUGCCCGUCUCCGUCUUACUUCUUCUCGGCAUCGCCAACUCCUUCGCCGGCUUCGUCCUACUCGUGGUCUCCAGCCUCCUCGGACGAGUCAUCGGCCUCGAGUCGCUACACUUCUCCGGCUCCUUCUCCACUGCGGUUCCCGUCGGCCGCGCCAUCGGGGAAACCAUCGUCCGUGUCGCUGGCAGAGCGUAGGGGAGGGAUGCCUCCAUCGCUCUUUCUCGGCAGCAUGGUCGAGGAGCCGCCUCCAACUCCGAGGUUUGGAAAGACCUUCAGCUUUAAGUCGGAUUCCGACGCAAGCGCUGGCUUGGACGCUUCCGCCACUCCAAGUCCAGACAGUGACCGGGCGAUGGAGAUUGACAACAACGGGGAUAAGAAGAGGAGGAUUUACGAGUGGCCCCGGCUCAAGAACGUCGACUUGUCCGGCAGGCACGACUUGGAUUCCAGCAGCGUCUACAUUCUAGUGAACCGAGUCACGGGGAGAGACGCUGGCGACUUGUUCAUCUGGGUGGGAAGCAAGGCUGGGAUUUGCAUUGACGGCGUUGGUUCUCCCUGCCUGGACGAGGCUGGAGGUCCAAACUGGGAGCAAAUUGGAGCUGGCUUCCUCAAGCGCAUGGACAUUCACAGUGACAAGCCUGCCAGUGUAAUCAAAGAAGGCGAGGAACCAGAAGAGCUCUGGGAGAAGUUUUUCUCGUUGUGACAACCUUUUGAAGCGAGCAGCAGCGUAUCCUGUUUGAUAGAUGCUGCUUUGCUCGGGGGUGGCUGACAACACAAGGCACGCGUCAUUCUUUUAGUCAGGUUUCCUGGCUUCUUAAAAGUGGUUUUCCUUCUUUUUUCGUUCUAUAAGAAACUCAUUUUCAGCUCCAA